CCUACAAUAGGUCAAAGAUGUCAGUUGGCUAUGACGAUGAGGAUGGAUGGACAUAUCGUAUUUCCAGUACUUGAAUGUUUAGAAGAUGUAGCAAUAAAGUCUGCUAUGCUGACCCUGGGUAGCAUCAAUUGAUCACUCACUGCAUUAUUAUACAGUGAUAUUGAUACAGUGAUAUUGUACCUAUGAACCAUCAACCAGUACUUAAAAUUUACCUUGUGGCAGUUUAUUAUAUAAUUGUAUUUAUACAUGCAUGUACAUACAUGUCUGUAAAAGACACAAGCUGGUUACAUCUGUAUCAAAAUAAUAUAGGUAUAAUGGCUCUUGUAUACAUCUCAUUCUUUAUAACCUUCUUGAUUAAUUUAUCUAUAAUCAAAGCAUCAUCUUCGCACAAUGAUCGGUUUGAUACACACCCCAUGCUGUAUUUCAGUCCAAAAGAUAUUUCACAGUUGCAGCAGAAAGCAUCAACAACUCAUUCGCACAUUGCUGCCAUUUUGAAAGAUGCUGUCCACACCAUGCUUGCAUCAAAAGAAAAAUACCUGCCACCAUCUGACUAUGAAAAAUUUGGAAGUAAGUGGAAUGAAAUCUAUGGCAAUAAUAUGCCUCCACUUGCCAUGUAUUGUGUUUUGUACCCAGCUGAUAAAGAAGCAUACAACUUUGCGCUAGACUAUAUGGAUGUAAUGACAUUGUUGCCUAAAUGGCAAGUGAUAUCCACACCAACUGAUGAAGUGCCAGUAGCCCAUUCUUUGACUGGCUAUGUAACAACAUUUGACUUUCUGUAUCCAAGGCUGGAUUAUAAGAGAAGGAAAGCAUAUAUGGAACGCAUCAAAAAAGAAACUGCUGAAUUUUACAGGAUUUCAAAAUUUCGUUCUUGGGGUUUGUUCUAUCUACAGAACCAUGUUGCUACAAAUUAUCUUGCUCUUCUACAUGGUAGUCUUGUGGUAGCUCUUCAUGAUGAAGUUGGUGUUAUGUGGGCAGAACAUGCCAAGAUUAUGAUUGAGAAAUCGAUGACAUUACUGAAUCAUAUUGUAGAUGGAUCCUUAGAUGAAGGAGUUGCUUAUGGUGGCUACACUUCACGGUCUGUAACACAGUAUAUUUACCUUGCAAAAAGACACUUUCAGAUUGAUCAUAGCAAAGAUCCUUGGGUUGAAUCACAUUUUAAUUUCUUCUACAACACAAUUUUACCUGAUUUUCAGAGAACAAUUGGCAUUGCAGACAGUAACAGCAACUGGUUCUAUGGCCCAGAAAGUCAGCUGGUCUUCCUUGAUGCAUUCACCAUGAGAAACGGCCAUGGAAACUGGCUUGCAAAAGAAAUCCGUAAACAUCGAUCAAAAGACCCAAAAUCAAAACUAAUGGCAUCCAAUUCGCAAUGUUGGUGUACACUUCACACAGAGUUUUUAUGGUAUGAUGCAUCAAUUAAACCUCAACCUCCUGAAAACAUUGGCAAGCCGCACCUGCAUGUUUUUAACGAUUGGGGUGUGGCUACAUUCAGUUCCCUUUCUGCCAGUAAAUAUACAAACACGUUUCUUGGAUUCAAAUCGGGAAAAUUGCAUGGGCGAGCAGUUUUUGAUGUAGUUCAACGUGGUAUGUACAAAUCAUGGGUGAAAGGAUGGAGAAGUUUUAACCCAGGGCAUGAGCAUCCAGAUCAAAACAUGUUUGUGUUUGAGCCAAGAGGAACGCCAUUUAUAACGGAUGCUCUCUAUGGACCAAAAUAUUCGUACUUAAAUAAUGUAUUAUCAUUUAGUCCAUCAUCAACAAGUGAGUGUUUUCAGCCUUGGGAAGGACAGCUUGGUGAAUGCUCAAAAUGGUUGCAAUGGAAAAAGGAAUCUAUGGCCACUUAUGGUGGUGAAAUCAUAUCCUCUAGCUUUGAUAAUGACAUGGUACAUUUAAGUGGUGAGGCAGUGAAUUCGUACAGUACUGCCAUGCAGUUAGUAAGUGUUUACCGCAGUCUACUUCUCAUGGAUGAAGAGGUAUUACUGGUUCUUGACCACAUUGAAACCAAAGAAAGUACUCCAUUGAAAGAAGUUGCUGCAUUUUUUCACAAUAUUAAUUUUGAAUUUCAAAAGAGCACUUACUCAAAACUAAAUGGAGCAGUUGUGAAAGUUGAUAAUUUUGAGAUGCAGAUGUUUUGGAUUGAUUCAGAAGGCUUGAGUGUACCAGCAGAGAUUGAACACCAGUCACAUCCAUCUGAAUUCCAAAAACGUCAGACUAAUUUUGUGAAUGUUACAUAUCCAUUGAGGCCAGGAAUCACUCGCAUAGCAUAUGCUCUACUAGGACCAUCCAUUAAAUUACGCAGACUGAGAUUCCUUGAGGAAAACAAGGAAGGAGUGCAUUUAGGUUUAACAACCAGCAAGAAAGAUUACUCGGUUUCUAUAGUAACUUUGUAUGAUGACCCUAUUGUUCGUUACAAAUUUUUGGGAUAUCCUGGAUAUGCUUCAGUUAAAGUCAGGAAUGGAAAGACUGUUCAUUUUGGUGUUAAUACUACACAGUACAAGCCUUUCUUACCAUUGCCGGGCAACCAGUCUUUCUUAUUCAAUAUCUUAAAUCUCUCACUAGUUUUCACUGGCAUAGCUUGUGUAUUUAUGUACUUCGUGAAAGGUCGUCUUCGUCUGAAGUAUAACCGUCGAUUCAAGCUUCUACUAGGUGUUAUUGGAUGUCUGUGGAUGCUGGCAAUAUUCCAGUUCAUCAAAAUUUGCAAAGAUUCAGUAUGUUUUGUCAGUCAUGCGAAGAAGAACCUCUCUCCAGAAGCAGAAAAGAAGCUUGAUCUUUCAUCUAUUUUAAUAAUGUCUCUACCUGGCACAGGAUCUGAGCUAAUUGGCUGGCUUUUUUAUAACAACCACGACUUCGUGUUUUUAAAUGCGCCAUCCAAUGUUGUUCCCAUUCCAAACCCGACUGAUGGAACAGUUGUUGAUCCUCUACUAGAUGCUUGCCAAUGGACAAAGCGUGACAUUAAAUUGACACCCUUCAUGAAGGGAUGGAUGCGCUCAAUCACCCGUAAUCCAAGAAACCAUAUUAUGAGAGAAAAUAUACAGGGCCGAGGACGACGCGCAAUUCAUCAACAUUUGUUAGAAAACAACAUUAACGCAAAAAAUAUAUCUUUUUCUAAAGACAUGUGGAUGAAAAGAAAACUUCUAGUUGAAGCUGGUGAAGACAUUAAUUUUAAAGAAUACACUGAGGAAAAUUUAAUAAAACAUAUACAGGAAUUUCCAAAUGCUAGGUCUGUUAUCCACUUAAAAAGUGGCAGUUGGUCACUCAAAUUACCCUGGAUUCACACUAUUUUAAAAGGACAAGUAAAAAUGAUCUAUAUUAUACGUGAUCCUAGAGCAUGGGUAUCAAACAUCCUUCGUUCUGGUGUGUCUUCAUUAUACAAUCAGUGGAACUUCCCUGAACAGUUAGAACAACUUUUUAAGCUUGCAGAUGAAACUUGCCAACCUGCCAAGCAAUAUGCAUGGGAAUAUGAGAAAGUGCGUAGAGCUUGGACAGACCAAAAAACUACUCCACAUGAGCUGUUGGCCUGGGUAUGGCUAGCUCAUACAGAAGCUACACUCCGACUAAGUGGUGUGAUACCUGCAGAAAACUUCCUUAUGGUUCGAUGGGAAGAUCUUGUCUUGGAUAGUGAGGGCACAGCUAACAAUAUGUACAAGUAUAUAGGCUACCCAAUGCCGCAGAAAGUGCUACAUCAGUUACAGCAAGCAACAAGAAGCAACAUUGUAAAGAACAGGUAUGAGGGCGUAAUACGCAAAGAAAGUGUGGUCACAUGGCAAAGGGAACUUAGUCCAGAAGAGAUACAUGCAAUAGAAGAAAUUUCUUCUUUAAUUGUUACGACGCAUGAUGAACAUCAGAUACUAUGGUGAGAUAUGUUUACAUCUAUCCGGUUUUAAUCGAUAUGCAAGCUACAUGGAAACAGAUGAACUCGUCAUUUUGUCUCUGCAUCCCUGCUGUUACAGACAGUUUUGUUUAGCAUUCUUGUUUGUAUUUUUGAAGAGACCUGGGACUUUCAGAUGAUGGGAAAUUUAUAUUUUCUCUGAAUCAACUUACUAUUGAGAACAGAUUGUUUAAAACCCCAUACCCUUUUUAUGAAAAAAAA